CCGAGCUCGUGCAAUAACACUGUUUAUUUAAUGGACAUGUCUGGACUGCAGAACUGAUAACAGGUUUCUUUUAGAUAACCGGAAUACUGAAAGAAGAUCCCUCUGUAGUGCAACCGGAUCCGAGGCUGGUCAUUUCAACUCUUUAUUCAUUAUUCACGCGCAGGGAUCUUAGAUCUCUGUGUGUCAAGGCAAGAUAUUUGGUGUUUCUUUGGCUAUGGAGGAGGACAGCACUGUUCCGGAUUUCAGGGACAUCGAGGUGAAACUGGGCCGGAAAGUACCGGAGAGCUUGGCCCGGUCCAUUACGCACAGAGCAAAACCAGUAGAGUCCAGUAGAGCUCAGAAUCACUGCACGAGCUCUGAGCUUAAACAGCUGGAGAGCAAGAUGCUGUUCCUCAAACAGGAAAUGGCCCAUCUCCGUGCCCUCGAUGUCAAACUGAUGCAGCAGCUCCUCUCCAUCAACGAAGGAAUAGAGUCCAUCCGCUGGGUGAUGGAGGAGCGAGGGGGCGUGGCCAGCCGGGAGAGCAGCUUAAACGGCAGCCUGUACAGCCUCUCGGACAGCCAGGACGCGUCUCAUCACGGGAGCUUCAGCAGCCUCCAAGACAGGACGGACGAACUGGACGGAAUUUCAGUCGGCAGUUACCUGGACACACUAGGGGAGGACUUGGAAUAUUCAUCCCCCACUGACCAAUCGGAUAGCUUCAACGACCAGUCCAUCAUCGGGGACGAGACGUUCAGUAAAUCUCCGCUUCGACCCAGAGUGGACUCGGACGAGUACUACUGUUUCGGAUAACGCUAACCUACACAGCAAAGGAUUAUGGGGCAUCUUAAGCUGCUGGUCCUGAAUCAGUUGGUCAUCUGAAUGAAUGUAUGAAAGUGUUCAGUCAGGAAUAACAGCUGGGGGGGUGGGGGUUGUGUAGGUAGUCUAAGCUCAAUGUUAGCUAUUAGCUGUUAGCAAUGACUGAUACAGAAAUAUCACUGAUUCCAUUCACAGGUCACCAGAUUUUAAUUGGCUGACCUAAAAGAUCCAGAUCACUGCAAUACAGCAGCAGUUGCUACAUGACUCUUGCUUCUAAAAGCACAGCAUUUCCAGGGAAUAAAAUUUUAUGUUGUGCAAAAAAAGUUCUUAAUUAUUCAAAAAGCUGUCUUUAUAUUAUUAUAUUUCCCUGUAAUUAGUCCAAACAUGCGUCAGGGAUUAGGUCCAAGGAUUAGCCCUGCUAGCUUUCCCCCAGCAAGUGUUAUUGACGUUAGCGUAGAGAUUACUUUAAAAAGGGACCCAAGUGGACAUUUCCUACACUGAAAGCAGAAUUUCACUGACCAUAACGUGCAACUAAAUAAAGUUUCAGCAUGCGUUAACAAAAUGCUUAUGUUGAAACUAGCACAUGUUAGCACAACACCUCCUGUAGCAUGCGAGUUACCGCACAGAUUGGUGAAGUUCUCAAGUUACGCUGAUGUGAACGGUAAAUCAAAUCUUCACAAAUAACUUCGAUUAGUAUGUAGCAUUAAUGUGCAGGUAACGUCCGUUUUGUACGGUGUACGUCGCGUUGCUGCACUCUCUGGUCAGUUACGCUUUGGGAGAAAAAAAAAAAUGUGGAUAUCGAAGUGCAAUUUCUGCUAAUAUGCCAAAUUUUCCAAUGACAAAUAUUUUCCUCCUACUUUUAAAAGUUAUAGAUUGAAUUUUUAUCCCCUGCCACUGUCGGACCUAGUCUGUAUUUUAAUUACUUACUGAAAUGUUAACACUGUUUUUAAAGAGGACCUUUGAGACUUCCUUGUCCACUUUUUAACUUUUUUUUUUGUACUGUAUACUCUAUGAACAGCCCACUAAAGACAUAACAGAGUCAUGUGAUUCAUUUUGAACCUGGACUUGUGUGUCCGAGUGCGUGUGUGUGUGUGUGUGUGUGUGUGUUCUGUGAGAUUUUAUACAUUACUGUUGUAGUGUACAAUAUCCAUAUCACUUGCCCCUAAUUUAUUACUGUACUGUUUUUAAAUUGUAUUUUGUGGUGAAAAUGUUAUAAUAUAUUGUUUAUGAGCCUUUUUUGGA